AAACCAUGAGUAAAGUGUUCUCGGAUUGUGAUUUUGAAACCGAUCUACCAAGCAUUGGUACGGAUUUUCGUUUUCGACCCAACAAAAAAUUAAAUAAAAAUCUGAAAGAUAAAAAGGUCUCUAAAGUGGCAAGAUCGGACGAAAAUGCGACUGAGACAGAAAAAGGACACCGUAAACCAGCCGGGUGGUCGGUUCGAUUACCGAAACCAGAAAAUGCUGACAACCAACCGACCGUAACAAAUAAAACACAUGGAGAGAAUCGGAAAGGAAUGAAAAGGAAAGCUACUGAUGAGCGGACCAAAAAUGAAAAUACAAAGGAGGUGAACGUCCCGCAAGAAAAUGAACCUGUUAAGAAAAAAUCCAAGCACCAGAAAUUGGUCAAUGGCAAGGCCAACGCCACAGAGCGGGCGGACAAACGGACAACCGGCAAUUCGUCGGAUAACACGAAACCCAAGAAGCCAGCGGGAGGGUCAACUGAUCUGCGUGAAAAGCUUCUCGAACAGUUGAAGGGAUCGCGGUUUCGGUUUAUCAACGAACAGCUUUACAAAACGACCGGAGAGCAGGCGAAAAAACUGUUCGAAGAAGAUCCCGGUUCGUUCGAGGCGUACCACGACGGCUACCGGCAUCAGAUUGCGCAAUGGUCAAUGAAUCCACUGGAUAGAAUUAUUCGAAACAUUCGCAAACUUCCCAAAAACACGGUGGUGGCCGAUUUUGGUUGCGGAGAAGCGCGAUUGGCAGCUUCGAUACCGAAUCAGGUGUACUCGCUCGAUUUGGUUGCCAACAAUAGUAACGUAAUUGCUUGUGACAUGGCCAAAACGCCACUCGAGAGCAACUUCGUUAACGUAGUCGUCUUUUGCCUCUCGCUGAUGGGCACCAAUCUGGUCGAUUUUCUUCUCGAGGCUAACCGUGUACUGAAAGUAGGCGGUACCCUCAAAAUUGCCGAAGUGUCGUCCCGGUUCGAUGGUGUGAACGAAUUUAUCGGAAAAGUGAAGCAAUGUGGCUUUGCGCUUGAGAACAAGGACCUGAAACAUAAGCUGUUCUACUUCUUCACCUUCAAGAAGGAACGCACGGCACAGCGGGAGUUGACGAAGAUCAAACAAUUUAGCUUGAAACCAUGUUUAUACAAAAAACGCUAA